AUGUCCAGUUCUUCCACUCCCGCCGCCACCAGCUCCCAGCCUGAACAGCAGUGGGGAAGAGUGUUGCUAUGUGGAGGUACUGACUGGACGCGACUGGGCAAGAAAGACAAAGGAGGGAAGAAGAACCAGGAGGACGGUACCAGCACUGAUCUACCCGAGCCCCACAUCCUCCGCUCGCUGAGUAACGUCCAGGCCGUUUCCAUCCACACAUCAUGCGCUGGCUGCCACUGUGUCGUCCUAGACGUCGACGGCGUCGCGUGGAUGUUUGGGCGCAAUGACAAGUCGUGCAUGGGUGUCACUGGAGUGGAUGCGAUUUCGGAGAACGAGCCAAGGCGGUUGACCGCGCAGGAGCUAGGUGCACCGAAAGGUACGCGUUUCGUGCACGCGGCGUGUGGACGAAACCAUACUUUACUCGUGGGAAGCGAUGGGCAACUGUGGUCGGCUGGGCAGAACCACGCAGGACAGUGCGGCCACCCCGCAUGUCCGGAGAUCCCGUCCUUCAAGCUCGUUAAUGGGCCCAAGUUGAGUGGCCAGAAGGAGAAGGUAGUCAUAGCUGCGGCUGGCAUCACCUUCUCCCUAGUCCUCACCGACAGUGGGAAAGUGUUCGCAUUCGGAAGCGAGGAGAAGGGCCAACUAGGUAAUGGUCGAGCAGGCGAGCGCAUAGUGUCCGCAGGAAAGUCUGCUUUCGACUUCGAAGAGGAGCCAAUUCUCGUCAGGGGGCUUGCCGAGCGAAAGAUCGUCCAGAUUGCCUGCGGCCCCCAACACGCGAUCGCGCUCGACAGUGACGGCCGCGUGUUUGUCUGGGGCUACAAUGGCUACUGCCGCCUUGGUCUGGGGAACCAAGUCGACGCUCUCGUGCCCAAACAAGUGCCUCAGUUCGCUGGUCCGAACGAACUCACUAUGGGUGCCUACGUCGUGGCCGGGCCAUCAAAUUCGGUCGUGAUCGACAAGCAGGGCAUGUACUGGAUGGCCGGGAAGUGGAAGAACACCGGUGAUGGUUCGGGCGGACAGCCGUUCUCGACCUUCAAAUUCAUACAGGACAUCAUGGGGUGCAAGAUUAUCCAUGCCGCGUGCGGCGGUGUGACGCACUGGGCUCUCGCCCAGGAGGACGACGGUGUGAUGACUAUCGCCUUUGGCCAAGGCGCGCUCAACAGCGAGCUCGGGCAUGGCCCCGACCAGCCCAAGAGUGCGACUAAGCCCAUCCAAAACAAGCCUCUCGCUGGCAUCGAUGUCAUUCAAGUAGCGGCAGGGCAGAACACGACGUUCCUCUUAGCACGCCCGAACGAGAAGUUCUCCGAACUGCCCCGUCAUCCGUUCGACGUGAACCCGCCGGACAUCUGCGUAGUCUGCGACCAGGACAACGGCGAGGACGACUCUCCGCUCGAGUGCGACAAGUGCGAUUACCCCUACCACUUGAAGUGUCUGGACCCGCCGCUGGACGCGGUGCCCGACGGUGAGUGGUUCUGCCCCGAGUGCAAGGCGGAGCCCGGGGCACCCGUCUCGACAGACGGCGUGCGAAGGAAGCCGAAGGUCAAGAAGGCCGCGGCCCUCGACGAAGACGUCGACGGGUCGCCCAAGCCUGGCCAGAAGCGCAAGGCCGCAUCACAGUCUAGCGCUCCGAAGCGCAAGAAGUAG